AUGAUGAUGAUGAUGAUGAUGAUGAUGAUGAUGAUGAUGAUGAUGAUGAUGAUGAUGAUGAUGAUGAUGAUGAUGAUGAUGAUGAUGAUGAUGAUGAUGAUGAUGAUGAUGAUGAUGAUGAUGAUGAUGAUGAUGAUGAUGAUGAUGAUGAUGAUGAUGAUGAUGAUGAUGAUGAUGAUGAUGAUGAUGAUGAUGAUGAUGAUGAUGAUGAUGAUGAUGAUGAUGAUGAUGAUGAUGAUGAUGAUGAUGAUGAUGAUGAUGAUGAUGAUGAUGAUGAUGAUGAUGAUGAUGAUGAUGAUGAUGAUGAUGAUGAUGAUGAUGAUGAUGAUGAUGAUGAUGAUGAUGAUGAUGAUGAUGAUGAUGAUGAUGAUGAUGAUGAUGAUGAUGAUGAUGAUGAUGAUGAUGAUGAUGAUGAUGAUGAUGAUGAUGAUGAUGAUGAUGAUGAUGAUGAUGAUGAUGAUGAUGAUGAUGAUGAUGAUGAUGAUGAUGAUGAUGAUGAUGAUGAUGAUGAUGAUGAUGAUGAUGAUGAUGAUGAUGAUGAUGAUGAUGAUGAUGAUGAUGAUGAUGAUGAUGAUGAUGAUGAUGAUGAUGAUGAUGAUGAUGAUGAUGAUGAUGAUGAUGAUGAUGAUGAUGAUGAUGAUGAUGAUGAUGAUGAUGAUGAUGAUGAUGAUGAUGAUGAUGAUGAUGAUGAUGAUGAUGAUGAUGAUGAUGAUGAUGAUGAUGAUGAUGAUGAUGAUGAUGAUGAUGAUGAUGAUGAUGAUGAUGAUGAUGAUGAUGAUGAUGAUGAUGAUGAUGAUGAUGAUGAUGAUGAUGAUGAUGAUGAUGAUGAUGAUGAUGAUGAUGAUGAUGAUGAUGAUGAUGAUGAUGAUGAUGAUGAUGAUGAUGAUGAUGAUGAUGAUGAUGAUGAUGAUGAUGAUGAUAUGAUGAUGAUGAUGAUGAUGAUGAUGAUGAUGAUGAUGAUGAUGAUGAUGAUGAUGAUGAUGAUGAUGAUGAUGAUGAUGAUGAUGAUGAUGAUGAUGAUGAUGAUGAUGAUGAUGAUGAUGAUGAUGAUGAUGAUGAUGAUGAUGAUGAUGAUGAUGAUGAUGAUGAUGAUGAUGAUGAUGAUGAUGAUGAUGAUGAUGAUGAUGAUGAUGAUGAUGAUGAUGAUGAUGAUGAUGAUGAUGAUGAUGAUGAUGAUGAUGAUGAUGAUGAUGAUGAUGAUGAUGAUGAUGAUGAUGAUGAUGAUGAUGAUGAUGAUGAUGAUGAUGAUGAUGAUGAUGAUGAUGAUGAUGAUGAUGAUGAUGAUGAUGAUGAUGAUGAUGAUGAUGAUGAUGAUGAUGAUGAUGAUGAUGAUGAUGAUGAUGAUGAUGAUGAUGAUGAUGAUGAUGAUGAUGAUGAUGAUGAUGAUGAUGAUGAUGAUGAUGAUGAUGAUGAUGAUGAUGAUGAUGAUGAUGAUGAUGAUGAUGAUGAUGAUGAUGAUGAUGAUGAUGAUGAUGAUGAUGAUGAUGAUGAUGAUGAUGAUGAUGAUGAUGAUGAUGAUGAUGAUGAUGAUGAUGAUGAUGAUGAUGAUGAUGAUGAUGAUGAUGAUGAUGAUGAUGAUGAUGAUGAUGAUGAUGAUGAUGAUGAUGAUGAUGAUGAUGAUGAUGAUGAUGAUGAUGAUGAUGAUGAUGAUGAUGAUGAUGAUGAUGAUGAUGAUGAUGAUGAUGAUGAUGAUGAUGAUGAUGAUGAUGAUGAUGAUGAUGAUGAUGAUGAUGAUGAUGAUGAUGAUGAUGAUGAUGAUGAUGAUGAUGAUGAUGAUGAUGAUGAUGAUGAUGAUGAUGAUGAUGAUGAUGAUGAUGAUGAUGAUGAUGAUGAUGAUGAUGAUGAUGAUGAUGAUGAUGAUGAUGAUGAUGAUGAUGAUGAUGAUGAUGAUGAUGAUGAUGAUGAUGAUGAUGAUGAUGAUGAUGAUGAUGAUGAUGAUGAUGAUGAUGAUGAUGAUGAUGAUGAUGAUGAUGAUGAUGAUGAUGAUGAUGAUGAUGAUGAUGAUGAUGAUGAUGAUGAUGAUGAUGAUGAUGAUGAUGAUGAUGAUGAUGAUGAUGAUGAUGAUGAUGAUGAUGAUGAUGAUGAUGAUGAUGAUGAUGAUGAUGAUGAUGAUGAUGAUGAUGAUGAUGAUGAUGAUGAUGAUGAUGAUGAUGAUGAUGAUGAUGAUGAUGAUGAUGAUGAUGAUGAUGAUGAUGAUGAUGAUGAUGAUGAUGAUGAUGAUGAUGAUGAUGAUGAUGAUGAUGAUGAUGAUGAUGAUGAUGAUGAUGAUGAUGAUGAUGAUGAUGAUGAUGAUGAUGAUGAUGAUGAUGAUGAUGAUGAUGAUGAUGAUGAUGAUGAUGAUGAUGAUGAUGAUGAUGAUGAUGAUGAUGAUGAUGAUGAUGAUGAUGAUGAUGAUGAUGAUGAUGAUGAUGAUGAUGAUGAUGAUGAUGAUGAUGAUGAUGAUGAUGAUGAUGAUGAUGAUGAUGAUGAUGAUGAUGAUGAUGAUGAUGAUGAUGAUGAUGAUGAUGAUGAUGAUGAUGAUGAUGAUGAUGAUGAUGAUGAUGAUGAUGAUGAUGAUGAUGAUGAUGAUGAUGAUGAUGAUGAUGAUGAUGAUGAUGAUGAUGAUGAUGAUGAUGAUAUGA